AUGAAUCCACCCAAAAUAAUAAUUUUUAGUAUUAACUAUGUAAUUAUUGUUUUUAGAGCGAAACCAUUGGCCGCCAAAACAACAACCACGGCGGCAUCUAAACCCGCCCCCAAACCCGCAGCUGCCUCACGAACCUUGAUGGCACCAAAACCGAAACCAACAACUACUGCCGCCCCGAUCAGCAAAAAACCUCUUACAAACGGAGAUGCGAGACCUAAAACCGCUCCAGCACCGAGACCAGGAGCGGCGAAACCGGCGGCUCCGUCUGCAGCCGCUAAACCUGCCGCUACCAGACCGCCGCCAAUUACGAGACCGUCGACCGCUCCCAAAGCCGCCACCGCGGCCGCCAAGCCUGCUAGUAGCAUCACUGCUACAAAGACUACUACUAGUAGCACUCUGUUGAAUCGGAACCCUGCUACAAAGACAGCGACUACCACUAGGACGACUGCCACGAAACAAGCUUCAUCAACGUCUUCAAAAUCAGCGGCUGCGCCUGCGCCCAAGCCCCGAACCACAUUGUCGUCGGUGACGGCGUCAAAACCGCGUGUGCCGCUCACGAAAACCGUCACCAAAGCGGGAGCGGACACCGAGAAGCAGAUAAAAGAGAGCGCAAACAAGUUGACGGCAUCGAGAGUUUCGAGCGCCAGAGCAGCCGCAGGAGCAGGUCCUGCGGCAACGAAAUCGACCGUGCGCAAAACAGAAGUUGGCAAGAACUUGACGAAAACGAUUACGUCCGCUGCAGCCACAUCAAGCAAAACAUUGGUAGGAAAAAAACCGUUGGAGAUCACAAGGAACGUGACAAAAACCAAGACCACAAAAGUGGAAAAGCCCAAAGAAAACGGAAUUUCCUCCACGGUGGUGACUGAGGAGAUCACGGCUGUUAACAAUUUAAUAAACUGCAGCCCAACGGAGGUAAUGGGGGAGAUGGAGAUAAUGGGAGUCCAAAAAGAUAAUUCCCCAAUUGACAACAAGUUAAUUGUCGAGAAUAACCUAAUUGAGGCUACCAAUGCAGACUGA